UGAACAAGGCAUGUCUUCACUAACUGAUGUUGUAGAGCAAGUUGCAAAGCAACAACAAUCACAAACAUCAGAGAUAGAAAAAAACAAAAAAGUUCUGUUCCAUUUGCAGAAUGAACUUCAGGAUCUUGAAAAACAGAUAGCAUCUGUCUCUGCAGAAAAUAAAGAAACAGAAAAGCAAAUUUAUCAGCAAGAUGCUGUCAUAGAAAAUACCCAGCAUCAGUGUGGAAGCCUGGAAACUCAAAUCAAAGCCUUACAUACAGAAAAUGUAAAGCUUAAAUUUGACAUAGAAGCAACCCAAGAAGAUUUUGAGGAACAAAUGAUAAGACAUAAUGCAUAUUAUGCAAAAAUAAAAGCAUAUAAAGAUAGUUUGGGGGAAAUAGAAAGCAAAUGGUCAUUCAUGACUGAACUCCAGGAAAAACGAGCUCUUGUUACAAAACUGAAGACAAUAAAAGAAGAACUUACGCAAGAUCUCCAAAAUCCAGAAGGAAACCAGAUAAAACAAGUGCAGGAAGACAUUAUGAAGCUAAAGGAUAAAAUUUUAACUGUAAACGAAUCUAUCAGGGAAAAAACUUGUUUUCUUGAGGAAGAAAAAAAGUCACAUGAAAAAUUAAGAAAAGAAAUAGAGGUACAACAUAAGAGAUAUGAUGCAAUUCUUAAGCGUUUGCGUUGUCAGGUGAACAAGCUUCAAGCAAAUAGAAGACAAUGGCAAUGGAACAUUGAACAACUGGAAAAAACUGCAGCUGAACUAAGAAAAUGCAUUGGAAUGCAAGAAUAAUAAAAUCAGAGGGCAAAGUGGAGCACAGAUCCUGCCACUCAAAUUAUGGGGCAGAAUAUUGAGAAAAUCCUUUGGAUUCUUAAAAACCAGCCUCCACUAUCAGAAACCUGUCUUGAUGAUGGAUACAUUUUCUCUUUUUUAGAAUCAGUUAUCAGUUUAUUAAAGUUCAUACCAAUCCUACAACUGAUUAGCAGUAGACAGGCAAUAGGAAUACUUACUGGAGUGGGUACAAUAUAUUGUACUUAGGAGUGCCUGUUUAUAACCUUGUCCCAUUCACUGCCAUAUGGUGUAAAAACUUUAGAAGAAGAGGAAAACUUGAUUUUUGUCAUGAUUUAAAUUGUCAAGAUAAAAAGUUUGUCUAUUUCAAACUUUUUAUUAGAACUUGUUUUUUUAGAACCAUCACAUGAGCCCAUAAAUAUUGAUAUUUACAAAAAUGUUGUUCUUUGUUCCAUGCUUCAGAUAUUUAACUCACUUUUGUCUUUUAUCCAGAAGGCAGCAAUAAUAUUUUCUUUAUUUGAUAAUAUAUUUUUCCAUUGUUGCAAUGCAUAAAUUCUUUUGUUCAUUUUUCUGUCUAUAAAUUCUUUAUUUCUAUUCUGUGACCAAAUUAAAGUAAUACUGUCAUGUAAGGCAGACAUACAAAUGCUUAAAAGAAGAUUGUUAAUCAGGAUAGAAUAACAUAUAAGCUGUCUUAAAAGGGAAAUGCUGUGUGUCAGGGAAACAAAACAAAUUUUAAAAUGUUCCUUUUAAGAUAAAAGUGCUCCCUCACCUAGUUUCAAUGAGUCAAAUACUUAGGAGCAGGAACAAAAAAUUAAUUAUUGAAGAUACAGUUAAUUUUUUUUAUUUAGAGCUGUUGUAGGUUUACUGAAAAAUUGUGCAGAAAGCACAGAGUUCCCAUAUACCCCACCACACAUGUAGAGUUUUCCCUAUUAUUUAACACUUUGCAUUAGUGUGGUACGUUUGUAACAAUUGAUGAAACAGUAUUAUUAUAAUUAUUUUAACUAUAGCCCAUAGUUUAUACCAGGGUUCAGUCUUUGUGUUAUGUUUUCCUUUUUAAAUAUUUACUCUGGUAACAUAUAUGACCUAAAAUUUCCCAUUUUAACCACUUUCAAGUGUACAGUUCAGUGGGUUUAAUUACAUUCACAGUGCUGUGCAACCACCACCACCACCCAUUAUCAAAAGUUUCCCAUCACCUCAAACAGAAACUCUGUACUAAUUAAACAUUAAUACCCUGUUACCCACCCCCACCCCAUAACCUGUAUUCUAAUUUCUGACUCUAUGAAUUUGCAUAUUCUAAUUAUUUCAGAUAGGCAAAGUUGUAUAAUAUUUGUCCUUUUGUGUCUAGCUUAUUUCAGUCAACAUGUGUUCAGAGUUCAUCCAUGUUGUUGCAUGUAUCAGAAUUUCAUUCUUUUUAUGGCUGUAUAUACCACAUUUUGUUUUUCCAUUUGAAGAUGCAGUUUUAAAAUCUUUGCUUUUAGGAUUUAAUGAUUUCAAAGCAACAGCAUCAAAAAAAUUUCUCAAGACUAUUUUAUCUCCACCCGUCUAUAUGUCUGAGAUUUAUUGUAACAGCAUAAAUGAUAUAAAACCUGAAAUUAAUAAUCUUAUUGUGUCUAGCAUUAAUUGUAUUAGUAUGGCUUAGAACAGCUUAGUAUGGCUAACAUUUCAAAUGGCUUAUACUGUAACACAACUAGCUUUGGCCAAUGACUUAAAAACACAACUGGGAAUAAAAAUGGUAAACCUACAGAGGGUGGUGAGUACCACCAUGCUCAGCUGAAGACAAGGGUGAACCAAAAGUUGAUGGCACAAAAAUAUUUUCAUGGAAUUUGCA